UAUUCUGCAAGGGGAAAAUUGUGCCUGAGGGUGUGACUCAGGUGAGUGCCCCAAGUACUUUUGAGCAGCGAGAGGCUCCUGAGCUCGGUUCCCAGCAGCGGUUUGAGCUUCCAGGAGAUGAGUUAAAAUGCAGCACACCACAUGCACGGAGGACAGGAUCCACCACGCGCUGGAACGGUGCCUGCAUGGGCUGGGCAGGGACGCUGUGGCCAGCAGAUGGGCUGCCGGGCUGUGCCUGAACUGCUGGAGCCUGCAGGAGCUGGUGAGCCGGGAUGCCGGUAACUACCUCAUCCUGGUGGAGAAGAUCCUGGGCAAGACUGAGGAGGUGCAGGAGAGGUGUGACUACGACCUGGUGAUGCCCCUGGCCCUGCUCUUCUACUCGGCUGUGCUCUAUGCUCCUCACUUCCCCCCCGGCUCUGAGCUGCUGUUGAGAGCUGCCAGUGUCUACCACGGCUUCCUGACGUGGCCCGUGCCCUACUGUGACACCUCCCGGGAGCUGCUCACCUUCAUCAGCAACGAGCUCAAGGCGCCAGGAAUCACCUUCCAGAGGCUGGUGAGGAUGGAGCAGGGGCUGCCUGUGAAGAACUACCAGAGCUCCAUGGUGACGGUGCUGCUGCUGAACCGCUCGGAGGUGCAGAGCGAGUUCCUGUCCAUCGCCCACAGGCUGAGCUCCAGCGAGCCCACCCGGCACUCCACGCUGCUGCUGCUGCUCCAGCACCUCUACCAGGCCACCUUCGGCACCCGCUGCGACCUGCACGGGCUGGGCCAGCUGCUCCAGUCCAAGCCCCUGGAGGAGCUCUCGGAGCUCUACGCCAGCGCUGCCGAUGCUCAGGAGGCGGCGGCCGCCAGCCCCGACCCCGCGCUGGCCCGGGAGCGGCUCCAGGCCGUGCUGCGCGACAUCGCCGGCGCCGCCUCCUUCCCUGCCAUGGCAGGCGAGGCCCAGCCCCGCAGGCUGCACCCCUUCCCCAUCCCCCCUGCCCGCUGCUACACCUACAGCUGGGACCAGGACAACUUCGACAUCCUCAACGAUGUCCUCAGCAAGGAGUGCAGCAUUGCUGAGCCCCUGGCCUCGGAGAACGAGGAGGAGGAUGAGGAGGACGAGGAGGAGGAGGAGGACGAGGAGACAGACGGCGGCUCCCCCAGGCAGGACUCGCUGCUGGCCCCGCUCUGCGCCAUCCCCAGUGACUCCGUGUACUCCGUGCUGGCCGAGGAGGGCUCCAUGCCCCCGCGGGUGUCCCUCUUCGCCUCCCCCAAGGAGUCCCUCUCGGAGCUGACGGUGGUCUCCAGAAAGUCCCUGAAAUCCUUCGUGUCCAGCCUGAAGGACUGCAUGGACAGCGGCUACGCCGAGGACAGCGACGAGAGCUCCCCGGACGCGGCGGGCCGGCCCGAGCUGCCCAAGCAGCGGCAGUCGCUGACCAACCGGCUCUACAGACUGCUCAAGAGCAAGGGCCAGCAGCUGGUGCAGCGCCGGGACUGCCCGGGGCCGUGCUCGCUCCCGCUGCGCCGCGCCGAGAGCCUGUCCGCGUCCCCGGCGCAGCCGCGCGUCCCCGCGCGCUCCCGCCGCGCGCUCUCGCUGCCGCAGCACGGCCCGGGCCGGCGCGGGCCCGUCCCGCUCGCCCCGCGGCCCCUGGGGCUGCCCCGCCGCCCCUUCCUCAGCUGCGACGAGGAGGCCAAGGCGGGCACGCUGCGCGUGGUGGUGUUCGGCUCGGACCGCAUCUCGGGCAAGGUGGCCCGCGCCUACAGCCGCCUCAGGCUCCAGGAGAGCUCCUGCCCCUCCCUGACACGGUACUUCAGGCUGCAGUUCUUCUACGUGCCCGUCAAGAGGAGCUGCGCGGCUCCAUCUACCCCGCAGAUGCAUCAUCAUCAUCCUCAUCAUCACCACCACCACCCCUCGGCGUCGCCGGGGGAGCCCCCGCCCCGGGCACAGGACCCCUCCCCGGCUGGGACGGAGAGCAGCACCGACAUCUGCCACUACCUCGGCCUGCUGGACCCCUGGUACGAGCGCAACAUCCUGGGGCUGAUGAGCCUGCCCAUGGGCGUCCUGUGCCAGUGUGCCAAGCCCGAGGCUGAGCCCCAGGAGGACGCCCAGGAGCAGCUGCCCAUCCUGGCAGACAUGAUCCUCUACUACUGCCGCUUCGCCUCGCGCCCCGUGCUGCUGCAGCUCUACCAGACCGAGCUCACCUUCAUCGGGGGGGAGAAGAGGACCGAGGUCUUCAUCCAAUCUCUGGAGCUGGGGCACUCAGCAGCCACGAGGGCCAUCAAGGCCUCAGGUCCAGGCAGCAAAAGGCUGGGGAUAGAUGGAGACAGGGAAGCAAUCCCACUGACACUACAGAUUGCAUAUAGCAAGACAGCUGCCAGUGGCAGGAGUCACUGGAAUGACGUGGAGAAGGUCUGCACGUCUGUCAACCUCAGCAAGGCCUGCAGGAGGCACGAGGAGCUCGCCUCGAAGACAGAAUGUCUCAACCUAACCAUGACCGAGGUGGUCAAGAGGCAGAACUCCAAAUCCAAGAAAAGUUUCAAUCAGCAGAUCAGCGUGUCCCAGAUCAAGGUGGACAAGGUCCAGAUCAUCGGGGUGCAGUCCUCCUUCGCCGUGUGCCUGGACCAGGACGAGCAGAAGAUCCUGCAGAGCGUCACCAGGUGUGAGAUCUCCGUGUGCUACAAGCCCAGGGACUGUGACCCCCUGGCACCGAGGGGGUCCCCUGUGGCUCCCCAGGACCCCUCCGAGCUCCCCUCCCUGCUGUGUUUGCCCAUUGCCACCUUCAGCGGGGCGCUGCCAUAGAGGAGCCGUGUCCCUGCAGAGCAGACUCUGUCCCACGCCAGGCCGGGCUCAGGAGAAGGAAGAGAACACCCAGAGGACACCCAGCCCUGCCUGUCCCUGAGCUCCUGCAGCCGCAGAGUCACUGUGGUGUUGCCAUGGGGGCUGAUCUGCAGCUCCGGGCUCAGCCCCUGCUCGGGAAAUGGGAUCAAUCCUUGUGCUCUGGUGUCCCCAGGGGCUCCUCAGAAGGUUCCUGGAUGUCUCCUGUGGGUCAGCAGAUCCAGCACCUGGUGGGAGGGUGGGGCAAGGACAGGGUAUUCCCUGCCAGGUGGGCUGAGGGGAAGGGUGAGUUCACAGGGAUGUUUGGGGGAAGGAUCCUCCUCGGCUCGGUGCUGUCGGGUGUCUGUCAGUGCAGGGCGAUUACAGACCCUGGUACUGGUCAAAUACCAACCCUGUCCUGCUGGUGCCUCACCUGUCACACCUCGAGGAUGCUCAGGACAGUUUUCUGGCUUGGGGACAGGUUUCUCAAGGUUUCCCUUCCCCUCUGGAGGUCGGGUGUCCUGCAGGGAUGCAGAGCAGGGAUCCUGCAGUGUGGGAUUGGAGUGCAACAGGCCAUGCCAGGGCAAGGACAGCUGCUGGUGGGUCCUUGUAUUUCCUGUGCACCCAGGAGAGGAAUUCCCAGUUUCUGCAGGGUUCCAGCACUGAGCUGUACUCCCAGUCCAGCCCCUGGUCAUGCACCCUGCUCCCAGCACUGUGUGCCAGAGCCAGCCCAGGGCUGAACCCUCAGCAGCUGCUGGGAAUCCAUCAGGAUCUGUGCUGGACUCCCAGCAGAGGGGGAAGGACUGGGGGAAGCACCAGGAUGGCCUUAGGGCCACUGCAGAGUGACAUUUUCUGGGGAGGGACCCAGCUCCAAACCCACCGAGUGACAGCUGCAGCUGACAGCAGGAUUUGAGAUCCUCCCCCACACAAACAUGCCAAUCUCCUCCCCCUCCCUGCGAGGCUGUAGGUACAGAAAGGUGCAAUAUUUGAGGGUAUUUUGGAGCAAUUUGACCCUAUGAGUGAAGAAAUAAGAGUGGAAAAGGCUCAGGCUGUUUCUGGGUGGUUUUUGGGGAGUGUGGCCAUGCUGGCAGCACAAGAGCUGCUGCAGGCUCCAAGGAGCUGGAUCCCAGUGCCCUGUGUUCCCUGGAAGUGUCUGGAAGGGACCCCUGGCACUGCUGGGGUCUGCAGGGCUCAGCCACAGUGGGGUCAGUCCAGGGGGAUCCUGCAGGGAGCAGGACCUGGUGAGCUCCUUGCACUGUCCCCAAGCCUGGAGGCACAGCAGCAGUGUCACCUGAGGUUCAGCCUGCCAGGGAAGGGGCCAGAGCUCCUGGGGGCUCAGGUGUUUCCAAGGAGAGGGGGUCAGGUGUGUCUGCUGGGUUCCCCAGCCCUGCUGGGACCCCUCCUGUGCCCUGGCUCUGCACCUGGCUCUGCUGGUGCUGGCCCCUUCUGCUCCCACUGUGCCAUGGCUGGGGACAGCCUGGCCUGGCCCAGGGCUGAGCACUGAGGUCCCCAAAGGGUUCUCUCUGCCUUUGCCUUCCCCAGGCAGGGUUGAGAUGCGUUCUCUGCAGUGGGGCUGGAGUUUGGCAGGUGGUUGGGGGUUUAAACCAGCACCUUGUCCUGUCAUCGCUGCUCCUUGGCAUCUUGGGAUCCAAAUCCAUGCCGUGGAUCCAUGCCUAGGGACCGAAUCCCUCAGGGUCCAGCUGGUUCAGCAGUCCUGGAGAAGAGAAUUCCCAUCCCACAGAGAAAACCAAGCCCAAACUCCAGGGAAUCAUAGUCCUGGCGAAGGUGCUGACCUCUGAUGCUGUCUGGAAAUGAGAGAAUUCCAGGGUUCUUUGGGGUGGUUUUUGUACGUUUGUGUAGCCUCAGGAAAUCUGUGUAAAGUCUGUGCUGAUCUGUAAAACACUGUGCAGAGAACUUUUAAAGUAAUUGUAAAAUAUUAAAAGUUGAUUUAUUUCCGGUA